UAUUUACAGAAUGCUGUGGGACAGUUGUGUUUUGUAAAGAUGGCGGGGAACAAUGUGGAUGAGAAACAGAAUCACACAAGUAACAAACAUAUUUCACUUCCUAUUUCCCGGGUUAAGCUGAUAAUGAAAAGCUCUCCUGACGUUUCCAGUAUUAAUCAAGACGCCCUUUUUCUGACUGCUAAGGCUACGGAACUUUUUGUGCAACACUUGGCAACCUACGCAUUCAAAAAAGGCAAAGGAAAAGAGAAAAAUUCGCUGACGUACAGUGACCUUGCAAAUGCUGCAGAGGAGUCAGAGACCUUCCAGUUUCUAGCAGAUAUCCUACCAAGAAAGAUUCUGGCACGGGAUUACCUGAAGUCGCUGGAGGAGAAGGGAGAAGACAGCGAGUGAAUUCUGUUGCUUGGGAUGUGGAAGAACAGCCAGGCUCUCAGGCUCCAAUGAACUCCUCUUAGCCUCUACACUCCUGACCCCCCAACAAUCUGCCACUUGCCAAAGAAAACGUAAUAUUUCUAUCAUAUAAAGGGCAGGCUCAUAUCUUUUUUUUUGUUCAUUUUUCCUUGAUCUGCUCAAUUCAGGUGGAGGUACGUGACUCCAUGGCCCAGCCCAAGUUUUUGUCAACCUCUUAAAACUGUCCAGCAGCAUAAGAGCUAGGAAAAGUAGGAAACAAAUCCUACUAAGUAAAUUACAAUAAAGAUCUUGGGCGAGAUGACAUUUACCACAAAAGACCAUAUGGCUCACACUCAUGUCACGGUCUUGAGGACGACAAAUUGCUAACAAAUCACCCUAGCAAACCUUACCUUUGUUGUUUGCAAUCGGAGAUUUGUCUUAUGUGACAACUUAAUUUGAGAGUUCUGUGUUCUGACGUCUGAAUAGUAUCCUCACAGAUCACCCCUUUUUUCAUAUAUCGGCUCCAGUGAAAUACCCAUAUACUUCUGUUUGCCUGUUCUCAAUACAAAAAACAAUGUUUUCGACCACUGCUGGUUGCAGUACUUACAGACAUUGA